AUGACCUUUGCAACAGCCACCACGACCAUCGAACCAUUCAACCUCUCUUCCCCAACGGGAACAGACAUCUGGCGCAAAGCUCCAUCUCACAACGCCUUCAACGCACCCACUCACCCGUCUCAACUCCCCACCUACGACCUGAAAGUCUUCCAAAGGGCGAAAUUAACCUUCGCCCUCCCUCCAGCAGACAAGUUACGCCAAUAUGACCAAGCAGGUCUCCUCCUGCACAUCACCAAGCCAGGCGUCCCAGACAACCAAACGAAAUGGAUCAAGACUGGUAUUGAGUUCUACUAUGGCAAACCUUAUGUCGCGACAGUAGGCUGUGAUGCUUGGGCGGACUGGUCGUUGACUCCCAUGCCUGAGUUCACCGAUAAUAGCAGUAGGCCCAGUGCUACUAUUGAGGCGCGCCGUGAAAAAGACGCGCUUGGCAAGAGUCUAUGGAUCUACUGGAUUGUGAGGGAUGCGGAGGGCAAGGAGAUUGAGAGGCGCCCGCUACGAGAGAUUAAUUGGAUUUUUGCGGAUGAAGAGGGCUGGAGUGUGGGGAUUGCGGGGUACGUGUGUCGGCCUACGAAGGAAGGUGGGGAGGAGCUGUUGGAGGCUGAGUUCAAGGAAGGUGUUGAGAUUGAGGUAUUGGAUUACAGUAAGACGGGAUAG